GACCGAGCCAACUCCCCACCUCCUCACGCGACGGCAGCCAUGGUCGCUGAUAGAACAAGCUGCCAAGGGCACACCAGUUUGAGAUUUCAACCACCAUGUCCACUGCCUCCACUCCGUCGUCGCCGAUGUCGCACGACCUUCCGUGCACGAAGAAACGAAAGGUCGGAGUCCCCAAGUUCCUUCGCUAUUUGUACCAGAUCCUGGAGAAGGAGGACAGCACGGUGAUUGCAUGGGCGAACGGCGGGUCGUCGAUCCAGAUCCUUGACACAGAUCGCAUGGCCCAGUAUAUCCUGCCAAAGUACUUUAAGCACUCCAAAUACGCGAGCUUCCAGAGGCAGCUCAACUAUUUUGGCUUCCGCAAGUGGACCAAGUCUCAAACCAACAUCUGCACUUUUUCCCACCCCGAUUUUCGCCAGAAUCGCCCUGACCGACUCUACCUGAUCAAACGCAAAAACAGCCCAGAGACCUCAAGGAAGAAGCUCCCGACUGUGAAGUCGUCAUCCAGCACACACACUCCCAUGGCUUCCAUCAGCAACAACAACAAUUCCGCGAUGCACUUCCGACCGUCCCACACACUCAUGCAUCUGAACGCGUUGCCAGACUUUCUUAGCGCCACGACAUUGUCGGGAACGACCCCCAGCUCGUACCAUCGCAUGUUUCCAUCCCCCACAGAUUUUGACAAGAAAGACUUCAAGCAGCAACAGCAGCCGUACUCGAUGGGCGACAUUGAGAACCUCCACAUUCAAACGGACGGACCGAACUUUCAUUUGCUCGACAUGAACUCGAUCUUUGCGCCGACGCCGCUGCUGCCGGAUAUGAAGGACGACCUCUCCACCACGUCCAACCAGUUUGAUUUUGACAUGAACUGCGCUUGGCUGGACAAUUUCAACCCGACCGACUCCGUCACCAACGCAUUUGGCCAGCCCGAGUAUGCGUAGCCAUCCAUCCCAUCUGCAUUUUAUCAAGUAGUACACAACUCGAUAGACAAACUAAAUCAUGGUUAUAUCCCAAAUCGACACGAGCUUUGGCGAUUCAUACAUCCGCCUCAGACGUUGAGCUGCCA